CUCUCGAGGGGAGGGCGAUCCCUGCUUUGCUUUUCUUUCCAAGCAACCGAACUACAAAAACAAUUCCGAACUAGACGGCCGUUAAGUCAUUUGCGAUCUUUCCUUUGAAUCCCUUUGAAGAUGGUGAACAUAUUCCACCGUAGGCGUCGUUCUUGCGUCUUUAUUCGCCGAUUGUAGAGGACGACCCGGUCAAAAAACUACUGUUUUGGAUGAUCUCUGCUCAACGAGUACGCACUUUGCGCAUAUAGCGCACGCCAUGCAACUUUAAGUGGUCUGAGCGAGCAUGGAGCCAACUGUUGCUUAUUCUUCAUCGCUGAUUUUGAUGCGAACUCUUCUGGACGAACUGUAACAAUGUCUUGUAGAUAAAAAAAACUAAGACAAACCAAACCCUGUACAUUUUUAGAACUUGGGCUACUUCAUACACCAUGGGUGCCAAACAGAGCAAUCCUGUAUUUGAUGGAAGAACCAGGGCAUAUUCAAGUUCGGACCUGCCAUCUGGUAAUCCGAACGCCAGCGAGGGAAUCGCAGGAUUUCGAUACACGAACGGCCCCGACGGGCCCAGGAUUCGGUACACUGUUGAUGGUGGAAGUGGUGGUUCGAGUGGUGUUGGACUAGAUAUACCGGGCAAUGGCAGGUCGGGAUCACACGCACUCAAUCAAAGCCUCGACGGCACGGAAGGCGAGAGCGACCUGCCCGCUGGGGGGCAUCGGCUGCUCAUAGGGUCCCUGCCGGCUCACCUGUCUCCUCGCAUGCUAGGAGGCUUCCACUGUCCCGUGUGCUCCAAGUAUGUGGCGUCUGAGGAGAUGGAGAAACACCUGCUCAGCUGUUUCAGCAAAACCCGCCUGGCCUACAACAAGGACAUUCUGUCCAAGGACUCGGGGGAAUGUACCAUUUGUUUAGAGGAACUGGAUCAGGGGGACACUAUUGCAAGGCUGCCUUGUCUCUGCAUCUACCACAAAGGUUGUAUAGAUGAAUGGUUCGAGGUGAACCGCUCGUGUCCAGAGCACCCGUUUGAAUAGCGGCCGCCGCAGUUUGGAGGCCGCUUGCGUGUCUCCUGGAAACCCCUAUCGUCACCUUUUACCUUGGUUUCCAUGCCAACCCAAUGCUGAACACCCUUCAGGGACAGAGCCAUAAGGAGCCUACAAGAUCUUUCAUGAACAAGCACCUCACGGGACAGCAAUGGACCGGGCAGUGAUGGUGCCGGUUGAUCGAUCGGAGGACCCCCAUUUUGAUUUGAUUCUAGUGAUAGAGACUAUGUGGUCCACACUACCGAUUCUUUUGGUUGGAUCCGUUGGCCUGUGAAGAUAAUCAUUCAUGUUCUCAGUGUCCUCUCUGCCUACUCCCUAAUGACCUCAAACAACCUGUAAUCCAAUUGGAUUCGCUGGUGGGACGUCCGACUGGAGGUUGAAAUGCACAACUGAAUGUUAGUUUCUAAUGUAACUGAAAUGUUUCUGCCCGUAUCUUGAUUAUUUUGUUGUUUUUUUCAGAAUACUUGAUGAAAAGAUUGAUGGUGGGAAAGAGAUUUAGCUUUAAGGGAACAAUUUCUGAGUUUUUCAAGUCUCCCUCUUCGUAAAGCCAAAAUAAUACCAGGGUUGUAGUCCCAAGUAUUCAGAAUUGGGACAAGAAAAGCUUUGACUUAUAAGAACCACAGUAAUAUGAAUCGAAGCUCAGUAGUGAGAUUGCCUUUAAGCCUGUGAGCUAUAACUGAUGAUUGCUGAUUCAUGCUAAGGAGUGCCGUAAAAUGCUGCUAUGUCAUCGGUAGGCCGAUCUACCGGAAACCUUUUACCUGAGGCCUAUGUCUAGUUCAUUGUAGCCUAUGUUUAUAUUUUAUUAAUUUGCACAAAAAAAAUUAAACAUUACAAGUCUCUGUGUGAAAGUG